AUAAGGCCGCUUUCGUUUCUCUUUCCCUCUCAUUAGCACCGAUCGUGGCAGCAGCGUAUAAAAGCCAGAGAGAUCGCUCAUCAGUGACUCAGUGAGCAACAACCAAGCAAGCUAAACACAGCUAACUGCAAAGCAAAGAAAGCAAAACACCAAAAACCAGUUUUAACCAGACAAUUUACACAAUUCCAAAGUCAAGAUGAGUGCCAAAUCCCUUUUCGAAAGCGAGGAAGACUUCGCCCAGGAGCACAAGUUUGCCCGGAAGGCCAAGGAGUCCCCCUUUAUGCUGGUGGGCAUCGCUGGAUUCCUGGCAGCCGGACUGGUGGGGGCGUACAAGUACCGUAAUCGUGGAUCGAUGAGCACCAGUGUCUUCCUGAUGCAACUCCGAGUGGCAGCCCAGGGAACGGUCGUUGGAUGCCUAACAGCUGGCCUGGCCUAUACCAUGGCCAAGGAGUACCUGUUCGAGAAGGCGCCCACGGAGGAGCCAAAGCCAGUCCAGGACUAGGAAGUGAAGAUCUCCAAAGAAGUCAUCGCCAAAUCAUCUUGUGCCAAAUACAAAGCCACCCACAUUGGCCACCCUGUGUCGUUCAUUAUUGUUCAUCCAUGCAAAUGUCGCAAUGUCAUCACCAUUCUGCCUCGAAGUAGUAUUAUUUUAAAAUAAAAGAAAAUAUUUUUAGUAAAUUCAAAACAAAUUUUAGAGAUAAUUUAUUUAAUUUUCCUUUCGUUGAGGGUUUAUUAU